UACAACCGUGAUAAGAACGUAUAAUUGUAACUGAUUAUGCCAUAAAAAAUAAAUAUCUUUCAUAAUGAGAUGGUGUAUGUUUUAUUAUGACAGUGGGCUGUCAUUUGUAUCUAGUUCCUACAGGUCCCAGUAGUUGUUUACACAGCCCACAGAAGCUGUGGCCGCAAGGAAGAGUCACAGGUUUUUACACCUCCAAGCAUAUAUAUUUAGAGAAGCACAAUAAAUAUGAAGCUUCACUUUCCUUGUCAUUUUCCCUACUGCACUAAAUAAUAUCCACUGUCUCUAUUACCAAAACUGUAAAGAAAAAAAACAAACUUGAAAUGACUCCAUUUUUUUUAACAAACAUCAAGUUAUGUUAAACAACAGUCCUAGAAUGUGACAGGGUUGGUUAGGGUGAGAUUGGAUUGAGUCACAGAAUUAAUAAUUACCAUAUUGAUUGCAAUAGUUCAUACCAAUAAAUUUUCUAUGGGAAAAUGUUCCAAAUCCUUAACUUUCUUGGCCAUUUUUCUUACUGUCUAUUUUGGAGACUCGUAUCCCAGAAGAUGUUGCUUUAUUAAUGUUUUUUAUGUAAUGUUCUUUCUAAACCAGACCAUCUGCUUUGUAAACUUGUCCCUUGUGCAGCAAAGCUCCCACAAAACAUGAUUCAUGUAUUUCAAGGUGGAAAUGGUGUGUUUAGGCCUGUAAGCUUUCACUUUCCCUCAUAAUUUAAAAGUUGUCAGUAGGGCUAAACACGUAAACAACAAACAAACAAAAUAGAGAGUUUAAUCAAACCGCAGAGCGUGUUCCAGGUUACCAUAGAAACAGCGACGGUUUCCAUGGUCCUGUUUACCAGGAAGAGGCGGGGUGUAUUCCUUUCUCCAGUUCUGUUGUUUUUAGGCAGAGGAUGGAGCUCCCGGAGACCAUCAGAAAGCGCUUAGAUGACUUUUCUCGUAAUAUCUUAUUUGACCAGACUCGAACUGUGACGUUCGUCGAAGAAAACAACGGAUUCUUGCCUCACGAGAAACCAGUUCUGUCCAGCCUCCAGCUGCAGAUGUCGCUGUAUUUUAACAUGUGGUUCUUUCCCUGCUGGUGGAUCAGUGAAACUGUUAUGCUGCAUCUCAAGUACCCUGCCUUGCCAGAGUACUACAAGUUCAUCCUUGUGACUAUUCUGCUGCUGAUGACUCUUAUUGAGGCCAUCAGGCUUUAUCUCGGAUAUGCUGGGAACCUGCAAGAAAAGGUUCCAGAGUUGGCAGGCUUUUGGUUGCUCACCACCCUUCUGCAGCUUCCCCUCAUCCUUUUCCAGCUGUUUAAUGAAGCCAUUCUCAUCCAGCCUCUGGAGAGGGGCGUCCACAUAGUGCUCACUGUAUUCAUUCUCAUACAGGCUGCCUCUGGUUUUGCAGCGCUGCGGAACAUGGUUAGACACACAGGGAGCCAGUUUCAUCUCCAACAGUUUGACUGACUUCGGAGGCUCAGACAUCCACGUCUGUUCUGGUGUGCAAUGAGUCACAAGGAUGCCUUCUUUCUGCACAUCUCUCAAACACUAAGGGCGAUAUGAAAAAGGACUUAACAUGUGUCAAGUGGUUGAUAUUUUCAUAUGAUUUAUAUUUAAAUAAAAUAUUUAUUUUUGUAUUUUAUUCAGA